AUGGUUGGUAUUCGAUAUAAAUAUUUAAUGGCACUCUUACGUACAUCAGAACGAUUUCAUUUUCUCGUUGACUUCCCAACCGGGAAGGAUGAGUCAAUCGAUACGGAUAUGCCUUUAGAUAUGCAAAAUUUUAUUUUGGCCCUAUGUGUGGAUGCCACAAAACGGUAUAAAGUGGAACGUGAGAUUGCACUACAUAUCAAGCAGAAAUUACAGGAACGUUAUCCGGGGCAUUGGAACUGUAUUGUUGGGAUGAGAUUUGGAAGUGACAUUCCUCCUCGUGAGUUCACUCAACCAACAACAACAACAGUUUCGCUCACACCAUGUUACUUAGUUUAUUCAAAUGGAUGGCACGGAAAAAAAUAUUUUUGA